CGUACUGACGGUCUCGAUCUUGAGGAGGUCCGCAUCGUUAUAUACCCCGCACGCUAGCUUGCAUUCUGCCUUCUCCUUUCCAACUUCUGUGUUCUCCUUCUUGUCUCUAGUAUGGGCUCUACUCUGAGCUUUCAACCUUUUGGUUCAUAUACCCCCAAGGAAUACUGGGCCCACAGCCCUGAGUAUUUUAAGGCCAAGAAGUCCGGGGACACUGAUGAAGUCGAGACGACGUCUCUGCGGUCCUUUGUAGAGUCGCGGUGCCCGAGUCUAUUAGCAGAAUAUCAUCCUGCGUGGUGGUUAUUCAAUGGUCAUCUACAAACAGGAUAUGCUGCUGUAGGCGAUUUCUCACAGGUCGAUAAGGUUGUAUAUGAUAGGAAGCUGUUGCGACUGAAAGAUGGUGGAACGAUAGGUUUGGACUUCACUCCCCCUGCUAGCGAACGCAUAUUAGAUGCCGAUACACCGGUUGUGGUUGUUUUGCACGGGCUAAGCGGAGGUUCCUACGAAUCAUAUGUCCGUGCUGUCUUGAAUCCUGCUAUUUCUCCUAAAUCAGAGGGUGGAUUGGGCUAUCGUGGUGUAGUGGUUAACUUCCGGGGAUGUGCCGGAGUACCAUUGACGACCCCCUAUCUGUAUUCUGCUGGCCACACGGAUGACCUUCGCCAGGCUUUGAUAUACCUUUCACACAUCUAUCCGAACGCCCCCUUGCUCGGUCUUGGGUUCUCACUGGGCGCAAGUGUCCUGACGAAAUUCCUCGCUCAAGAAGGCGAUCAUAGUCGACUGAUAUCUGGUUGUGCUUUGGGUUGUCCAUGGGAUUUAUCCGCGAACGCCGACAUUCUCGAGGGCGGUCUGGUACAAAAGCACGUCUAUUCGAAAGGCAUGGGUCACAACCUUCGGCAGCUGGUCGGAAAGCACCUUCACACGAUAUCCAAGUUCCCAGAUUCGCCACUCGCGCGAGCCAUUCCUGAUUUGAUGUCUAGGAAGUCUGUGACGCUCCUGGAGUUCGAUUCGCUCGUCACCUGUGUCGCAGGAGGGGCGUAUGGGCCUUUCCCAUUCCCAGACGCCUACGCAUACUACAGAUGGGGUUCAUGUCACAAGGCCUUGAAAGGACUCCGGGUUCCUUUCCUAGCCGUCAACUCAGGCGACGAUCCGAUUGUCCAGGCUUUACCUCUUGAUGCCGGCGAUAACGGCUGGAUUGCGAUGGUGGUCACACCGGGUGGUGGGCAUCUUGGUUGGUUUGAAUCAGUCGGAUAUGCAUCGAUGGAGGUCAAAAGGUGGAUCAGAAAACCGGUUUUGGAGUGGCUUAGGGCAUGUGCUGAGGAUCUCAUUGUGGACCGUGGGAAGGGGCGUACAUUGAAAGAGAUAGAUGGUUGGUUGGUUGAAGAGGGACGAGAGCAUCUUGGUUGUCGACUGAUCGAGGGUGGCGGGAAAGUGGAAGGAGCGGAGGGGCAAGGAGGCCUCAUUCAAGGGCUUUGAUAUAGACGUAGGUGGUAUGGGGUAGUAUACAUAAAGUUGCAGCGCAUCUGUAAGUAAGCAUCUCCUGGACAAUGCCAUUCAGGGUAGAUAUCG